UCUACAGCUGUGAGAAAUGGCCAGUUUUGUUUGACCAUGACAAAGAUGGCCACCGCGCUGCAGACUCUCAUCUCGCGUCUAUGAAGGAAGCGAAUGUUUUGCUCCGCCCAAGUCUUUUCGGCACAAAUAACCAAUUUUCCUCUCUUAAAAAACAAACAAACUUCAGCAAACAGCCAUCGAAGCUUCGGGCGCUGAAGCACAUGUCGCCAUCUUGAAUGUGGGUUAGCGGAUUCAAGCGUUUGCCGACCUUACCUGCAUUCCUUGGUAGUUUACAAGAAGAUGGGAUCAGACAAGUACUUGAGGAGAUGAAAGCUUUAUAUGAACAGAACCAGGCUGAUGUAAAUGAAGCUAAGUCAGGACACAGUGAGUUGAUUCCAACAAUCAAAUUCCGUCAUUGUUCUCUGCUCAGAAAUCGACGAUGUAUAGUUGCCUACUUGUAUGACCGCUUACUUCGCAUCCGAGCGCUGAGGUGGGAAUAUGGGAGCAUCUUACCAAAUGCUGUCCGAUUUCAUAUGUCAGCUGAAGAAAUGGAAUGGUUCAACCAAUAUAAGAAGUCUUUGGCUACCUAUAUGAGAUCAUUAGGAGGAGGAGAAGGGCUGGACCUUACACAGGAUAUUAAACCCCCCAAAAGCUUGUAUAUUGAAGUUCGAUGUUUAAAAGACUAUGGAGAAUUUGAGAUUGAUGAUGGCACGACAAUUCUAUUGAAGAAGAAUAGCCAGCAUUUUUUACCCCGGUGGAAAUGUGAGCAAUUGAUCAGGCAAGGAAUUUUGGAGCAUGUCCUGUCUUAAUUUAAUGCUCAGUAACAGUCUGCAGGAGGACUUUUUGGAGAGGUAGCCAAACACUUAACAAGUUUUAGAUGGGUGCAAGCAAGAUUGGUGCCAAGGAGUUCAAGCUACAGUUGUGAAAAUGGCACAUCUAAUACUUUGUGAAGAGAAAAAUGAGAGAACAUGGCUAAUCUAAUAGCACUUUCCUGAAACAAGUGGAUUUCUUUUUGUAACUUUACAUAGUUCCUUCUGGGUAUAUUUUAUAUACUUCUGUACAAAAAAGAAGCAGAGAAAUAUUAUGAACAAAUGCAAAUCAUGAUCUUUUGCUAGUGUGAAAUUACAGUGUUGUAUUGGUAAUCCAACUUUAUGUGUGAUAUUAUGCAGAUGACAUUUGUUAUCCUUAGAAUAACUGUUGUAAUGCUUAAAUAAACAGGAGUCUUCUGGCA